CAAUAGGAAAGCGUUUCGUGUAGGUCUCCUCCUGAGGUGGUGGCGCGAGCAGCGGCCGGCCCGCCUGUGGGGAGCUGGCUGUGAGGGGACGCGGCGGCGACGGCAGGAGUGUGAGGUCUGUGGACAGGCGGCAGUGGGUGCGCACCAGCUCCCGGAGGCCACGGAGGCCGGGGUUGGGGGGGCCGAGCCGCGCAGCCUUGUGGAGGUCAGCUGGUCAGCAUCGCCGGCGCCUCCGCUCUCUGAAGGAGCAGCUGCAGCUGGAGGGAUAUUAGAAAUGGCUACUCCCCAGUCAGUUUUCAUCUUUGCAAUCUGCAUUUUAAUGAUAACCGAAUUAAUUUUGGCCUCAAAAAGUUACUAUGAUAUCUUAGGUGUGCCAAAGUCAGCAUCAGAGCGCCAAAUCAAGAAGGCCUUUCACAAGUUGGCCAUGAAGUACCAUCCUGAUAAAAAUAAGAGUCCUGAUGCUGAAACAAAAUUCAGAGAGAUUGCAGAAGCAUAUGAAACACUCUCAGAUGCUAAUAGGCGAAAAGAAUAUGAUACACUUGGACAUAGUGCUUUUACUAAUGGUAAAGGACAAAGAGCUAGUGGAAGUCCUUUUGAGCAGUCAUUUAACUUCAAUUUUGAUGACUUAUUUAAAGACUUUGGUUUUUUUGGUCAAAACCAAAACACUCGGUCCAAGAAGCAUUUUGAAAAUCACUUCCAGGCACGCCAGGAUGGUUCCAGUAGACAAAGGCACCAUUUCCAGGAGUUUUCUUUUGGAGGUGGGUUGUUUGAUGACAUGUUUGAAGAUAUGGAGAAAAUGUUUUCUUUUAGUGGUUUUGACACCACCACCAAUCGACAUACAGUACAGACUGAAAAUAGCUUCCAUGGAUCUAGCAAGCACUGUAGGACUGUCACUCAACGAAAAGGAAAUAUGGUUACUACAUACACUGACUGUUCAGGGCAGUAGUUUGUCCUUUUUCUGUUCUCUUUAAACCCAACUAGUUGACUCUCCUUCAAUAUCUUUGAUGCAGAACCAAUUUUUUGUGAACUAUUUUGACAAGUGCAUGAUUUCACUUAACUUGAUAAUAGCUAUCAAAUAUAUUUAAUUGUUUUUGAGAAAUUCCGCAACAUUCAGUUAGUAGAGAAAUAGCUAGUUAUUAUUUUCCCUGAUUAGGCAAGGUUCUUUAAGAAAAGAUAUUAUAAUACUGCCUUGUCUUUUUUCUCUACCUGCCCUUGGGCUUAUUAACAUGACCAGUUUUAUUACCAAGAAAAAAAUGAGUUUGCCUGAUAAAUAUUUAAAGGUUAAAUUUUAAAAGUUAUUGUAGAUUUAAAUUGUGUGAACUUGAAUGAUUUUUUUGCAGUGAAACCUUUGCUAAUUUAAAAUUGCAUGCUCUGUAGCCUCUCUGACUUGGGUCACAAAAUGUAUGUGAAACUGUAUAAUUGAGUCGUUCAGCAAAGGAUAACAAGCAGUAUCUUGGUUAAUUUCCACUGAAAUCUUCAGAAAGGUAUGGUUUAAUAUUUACCAGAGAGCCAUGCAGAAGAAUUUGAGUAAAGGAAAUGAUUGUAUUGCUCAUAGUCAUUUAGACUCAAAGAAAGUUGAAAACUUAACAUUGUCCAGAGUUUGUUACGUGUUUGGUCCCUGGCUAAUGAUUUUGUAGUGUUGAAAUCAUAGCUAUUUACACAUCUUUUCACAUUUCUUUCUUAAUUGUUGAUGCUCUAGGUCUUAGUAUGGAUUUAUGUAUUCUUGUGUGUGUGUGUGGUUUUUCUUCUUUGCCCUCAUCUUUAGAGAUUGACUAAUACCUCAUUCUGUUUAUAAAAACAGCCAGUAAUUUCUGUGCAACCUUAUUAUGUGCAAUAUUUUUAAAUCCUAAGAAAUGUGUGCUUUUGUUUUCAGAUAGACAUUUCUUUAGUUCCGCACUUUUCCGUGUUAUACUCCACAUGAGUAUUAAUCCUAUGGAUACAUAUUAAAACUAGUAAAUAUCUCAUACACCUUUGUGAGUGAGAGAAAUAUAAUAUUUACAAUAUGAUGUUCUCUGUUGUCAUUUUAUUGUUAAAAGUUUAUUCAGCAAUUCUGGAGAUAGGAAGGGUAUAUAAGCAAUUGGGCUGCUUAUACUGAUCAUAGACCAUAUUCUAGAAGUUACUUUUCACUAACCUGAAACCCUGAGGUGACCUUGUUAGAUUGCCAUUUAGUAAUUUCUCUUGCUUUUUUAUCGUCCUCCAUCCUCCUUCCCUCACAGAUUUUGGUAGCUUGAAGAUUUUGUUAAUUAUAAUUGUGGUGUAUUUGUUUGCUAGGAACAAGUAUUCUUGCCCCUGUUGCUUUCCUCUUUAGGCCUGGUUGGGAAAAAGCAGACUUUGCAUGAAGCUUUAUUUGCUAGUGAUCAUCUUUAAUUUGACAUCUGUGAAGAAAAUGAAUUUAUUCUAUUAUAUUUAUGUACCUUAAUUAUUUCCUGAAAGUUAUACCUACUACUUUUGUUUGAUAAUGAGAAAAUAGCCAUACAUUGUAUUUUGGUCUGAGGAUUAUCUGUGGCCUAUUAAACAGAACAAAUGAGGCAAAAAAAAAAAAAAGUUUUCAAAUGACGAACUUCAAGGAUUAUUUUAAUAUUGUUAGCAUCUGUACCCUUGACUAUCUUUCUUGUUUCUCCCAUUUUAAACAUUUAUUUGAACCCCUUCUUUUUUUUUAACCUCCCAUUUGGCUGUUUGACAUACUUUUUGCAGGGAAAAAUGUACCAUGAAUCAUAAAUCUUACGGCACAAACUAAAUAUAAUGACGCUUAGGUAAUCUACAGGUAUGUGUGUGUGAGUAGUUAAUUAUAUAAGCAACUAGAAAUUAGACCAGUAAUCAACAUGAAAGUUUCCUCAGUAAUUAAAAAUUUUUCUUCUUUAUAGUUUAUACAGGUUGAAUGCACAAGGAGAAUGGUAAACUCCUAUAGUUAUGAAAUGACCAAGACAGUAGCUUAAUCUACACUCCCUACACAAGAAAUCUAUAAUUUUUUUUUCUUUGGCAUAAAAUAGUAAUAUUCAUAACAUGACUUAAUCUUUUUCUUGAACUAAUUUCUCUAAUUCUUCAAGUUUUCUGGAUUGAGUAUGUCCUGCAUUGGAUGCUAUAGUGCAUGUGGUAGGCAUGAAAUUCUUUUGGUGCUCCAGUUGGUAGGUAGUUUUGUGCUCUAAAUUUCAGGUCCAAUUCUGAGAUUAGUUCCAUGAAAAUUUAGGUUGCCCAAGGUCAAUUAAGAAUUUGUACAAUCCUGGAGUAGUUAUUCUAAUUUUUUGAAGAAAAAGCAAAUAAAAACACACUAGAGGAAAAUGAGUCUAUUGCCAAACAAUAAAGAAGAGAUUGGUAUCAGCAGUAGGUCUCUAAGGUUUUAUAUUUUUCAUGUUAAUGCUGGCAUCUUUAGUUUCAGGUGACAGGUUGAAUAAAAUCAGUCAUGAUUGUUUCCCCUCUUGGUCCCAAUGACAGAAAAUAUAAUAAUGAAGUUGUAAACAUGCUGUAAAACAACAUAUAGAAUUUUUGAGGCAUGAUAUAAAGGAAAAGGUAUAAAGCAGAAGAAAUUGAAUUGAGAGGGAAAUCAGAGAACCACAGUCAAGGUGUUCUGGAGAAGUUUUUAAGUCUCAGAUUUUUAAGAGGGGUUGGGAAGGGGAAGCAAAGUGAAAGAAUGGGCCAGAGUAGAACUUCAUGGGGAACCCUUGCCCUUUUCUCUCCCCUUCAGGUCAACCGUUGACAGCUUUUUCUGCAGGUCAGGGACUUAGGAUAACUUGAAGAAAGAGAUUAUCCCUGGGCAGGCUCCCCAUUUGAGGGUAUUGAGAUGCCAGAAAAAGAGCAGAGGUGAAGUGAAUUUUCACUUGGUGAUGGAGUGGGUGCUGGUGAGUAAUAGCAGCCCUCCACUCCCAGAGUAAAUAAAGCCGUCUUACUUUGGCAUGUGUAGGGAACAAUAACUUCUGCGUGCUGACAACAUACUCACCUGCAGUUGCCUGCAGGUUGAAAUACCCUGACAACUUAAAAGAAACCAUAGCUCCUAUUCAAAAAGGAGCUUUAACACAGGCAUACGUAACUGCUGAAGAAACUGCUUUUCUCAUCUCUCUGUGCAAGUUGAUGUAAAUCCUUCAUAAACACAUAACAGAUGCCCAAGGAAUUCAGACAUUUAAGGAAAAUCAACAGUAAGUAAGAGAAACUCUAACAUCCAACCCUGUAUUUACUGACAUGCAUCAGUGAAUCAGGCAUAGGUCCUUAUCUUACCUAACCUGCUUACACCAACGUUUCCUUCCAUGUGGUGAUGGUGUCAGACAGGAUUAGAUGAAACAGUAUGAAUCCACAUUUAGUUUACAUUUACAUCAACCACAGCCAAAGUCAGUGGAAGAUACAGCAGAUGUGCAGUGUGUCUGUUCCCUAUUGUUAAAAAACAAAAUUCACAUGAGUGAAUUUUAAAAAUCUCAACUGCCUUUAUUCAACGACUCAUGUGUUAGGCAGCUUUCCACCUAGCUGAUAGAAAGGAGCUCUGAGGAACUAAGCAACAUGAAAGACUUACAGGCAGGAAGAAGCAGGACAAGGAAGUUAUACCAGCAAAAAGUUGUCGCAAGGUCACUUUCCUUUAGGGGGUGGCAGGAGUCUGUCAGGCAGAUUACGUCACUAGUGCCCAUCAGGUAGUUCCUGAUUGGGUUAAGAUUCCAUUUCUGGGAGAGCUGAAACAGUACUUAAGCCUUGGUUAGGUGUUGUGGGGCUUAGCAUAAACAACUCCGUUUUGGACCUGUUCUAUUUUUCAUGCUACCAUGCAGGCCUUAUUUUGACUAUCUUCUGUGAAAUUCAGAUUCUUCCUCUUAGCUCAACUUUGCUACUCAAACCACUCUCCAACUUCUCUUCAUUCCUUGCACUGUGGUUGAACUACCCAGUGAAGGGGAGCAGAAUUUGCCACCCCAAAAAUAUGCCUCUUUGGCAUAAGGAUUAUCUUACACUGAUUAUUGUAAACAAAAAAAAUCAUAAGAGAAGCUCAGAAAACCAAGUAAAUGGUAUCCUUCUAUAAGAGACGUUUACAUUUAUAAGGAAAUCUUCAUUUUUAAGUGUGUCUCCCUCUCUGGACAAGGAAGAGGAGGAUGACUAAAUCUCUAGGAACUCUUAGCAGUGGGGAAGGCAUGGGCUUAAAUCAACACAACAACCACAUCCUUGCUUACUGUGCUUUGCCUGAAAAUCUCCCAUAACUGCCCCCCACUCCAAACAUCUUUUUCAUCUUUUUGUGUCUUUCCGUAGGUGAUGGCUUGGGCCAUUCCUGAGUGUUACUCAGUUUUCCUGUCUAUCUCCCAUAUAUACAGGAGGUACACGUUAUUAAACUUCUUUUUGUUUUUCUCUUGCUAAUCUGUCUUUUAUUACCUGGAUGGGGGCGUUCCUCAGCAAAGAGGAGGACCCUCUAGGAGGGUAGAGGAAAAAUAAUUUUUACUCCUUUACACUAGAUAAUUUGCUAUGCAAUUUUAUUUAUUGUCAUUGAUAAUGUAUUGUAAGGAGUAUGGGGUGCAGGUGCUUACAUUCUCUUGAAAGGAGAUCGGUAAUAACCAUAAUAAAAUAAUUACUGUUGACUUAAAUAGACUGCCAGUAAUUUCUCCAGCAAAAAUGGGUUUAUUUGGGAUCAACAAAGAGUUGCCAUUCAGGGUCUGUAAACCAUGGCAAAUCACAUCCAAUUCUGGCAAACCACAUCCAAUUCCCCAGCAAAAAUGGAGAGGAGAAUUAUUUCAUAGAGGGGAAAAGGAAGCCGAGAGGGUUAUAGUAAAGAGUCCAUAGCUUUUCAUUGGCUGAGUUGUGACAGUCUCAGCCGACUUCUCGUCAGGAAAGAAAGGAAGUGUUUCUUCUUCCUGUUGGGCUCUGCUAUGGUGGUAAGGUGUGAGAGCUCCCAUUCUGGUCUACCCAUUCUAUUUAAAUAAUUGAGAUUUCUGUUUAUUAACUUUUUACUUUAUUAUGUAAGGUGAUACACUCUACAAAAGAAAGGAAGUGUAAUACAGGGGAAGGAUAUUGGCAGGGCGGGCAGGUCAAAAACGUGUUGCAAUUUUCAGCUGGAUGGUCUGUGUAGGCUUCAUUGAGAAGGUGAAUUUGCAGGCUUGAGUUAUUUGUAUGGAAGAUGGAAAUGUGUGACAAGUUCUAGGAAAAUCAAAGAAGCCAGUGUAGCUGGAGGUCAGUGACACAGGGGAGUAGUUGGAGAUGAGUUUAUAAAGAUAGUGGGGUAGGGGGCAGGACAGAUCAUGUAGGGCUUUGUCAGCUUUUGUAAAGGGUUUGGCAUUGGAAUGUGAUGUGAUAGCUGAGUUUCGAGCAAAUAAAUGACUUUAUCUUCUAUACUGGCUGCUGUGUUGUUAAUAGACUAUAGAGGGGCAACAGUGGAACAGAGAGGCCAGUUAGUCUAUUUCCCUAUUCCAGGAUGAGAAAUUGGUGCAGCUCACACUCUACACCAGGAGAGUAGUGGUGGCAAUGGUGGGAAGUGGUUGCCAGUAGGAAUUGCUUACCGAUUGGAUAUAGACAUCAAAGAGGAGAAAAGGAUGAUUCCAAGUUUAGUGUUUAUAGAGAACCAGAAGGAUAGUUGCCAUUAACUAAGAUGGGGAAAGUUGCAAGAAGACAUUUAAGAGGGAAGAUGGGAAAUUCAGUUUGGACAUACCAACUUAGCGACAAUGUGUAGAGGGUUGGAGAUAGGCCCGGAAUUUGGAGAGAGAGUGGAGCUGAAGAUGUGUAUUUUGGAAUUGUCAAAAUAUAGGGAAUAUUUUAAACCAUGAGUGUAAAUGAAAUCACCAAGGGAAUAUUUAUAGAUAUAAAAAGAAACAAUCCAAGAACUGAACCCUCAGGUGCUCUAAAAUUAAAAGUACAAGGAGAAAAUGAGGAACCCAUAAAGGUAUCUGAGAAGCAGCAGCCAAUGAGUUAGGAGUUUUGUGUCUUGAGAGAAAGUGAAACAAAGUUUAUCAAGAAGUAGAAAGUGGUCAACUUUGUAAAAUGCUGCCACUGAGUCCAGUAAGAAGAUGCCUGAGAAGUAGCCAUUGUUCUUUCUAGCAAUAUAGAGCUCAGAAAUGAACUUGACAAGACUAAUUUUUAUCAAGUGGUGGGGGUGUGCCUCAUUGGAGCAGGUUUAGAGAGAAUGGCAGCAAAACUAAGUGCUUUUAAAGAAAUUUGGAAAAGAAUUUAUACUGAAUAUAUUUUUGGACAGAAUUUUUAACAUGGAUAUUUUACUAGAGUUUCAAUUAUGACUCCAUACGUGAGUAGCAAAUAGCUUGCUCUUCAGAAUGAGGUUCUACAGGGUGAUAAUAAAUAUGCUGUGGAAAAAAAAUCAUGUUCAAAUAGAUUUGUGAAAUAUAGAUUAAGAUUUGAAUCUUGUUAAGUGUUUCUUUAUAAGGACGUUCAGUAUUGUGAUUUAUAAGAAAUAUAUGCUUGGUCAUUUAGAUGAUCAGAAUACAUUUUUCAUGUAUACAGUUGACCCUCAAACAAUGCAAGUUUGAACUACACAG